AAUAAUUCCUCUAGUCUCAUGAGUAACUAGUCCACAGACCACUCUCAAUGGACAAUUGGCAAAGACACCUCACCUAUUUUUAUUUAAGAAAAUGGCCAAAACAUGUUGACUUCCUUCUCACCUGCUCCAUAUACUAAGCACAUCUUAUUCCUUGACUCUGCUCCUUCCUCUGAUUCAAGGCAAGAACAUGCCUUCUCUCUCUCUCAAACCAAUGACAGAUUGGAUGUAGACUAAGAAGAGCUAAAACUUUCAUCACUUCACCUUCCCUCUGAAGAUAAAAGUGCCACAUCUCUCUUCCCCGCUCUCCAUGAGCUAACAAAAAUUAACAGUCUCAGUUCUGGCCCUUCCCACUAAUUCUGGAGAAGCAAAGCCUUGAACUACCUCUCUCUCCUUCUCUCUUAUAUGGAGGGAAAGACAGUAAGGAUCGCCGGAUCCACAGCAAUCCUCCUCCUAGUUGUAGUACUUGUGGUCUUGCGCAUUUGCCUCGGCGCCUCCAAGGCCUUCUUCCUGGCAGCUGCACCAUUAUGGGCAGUCCAAAUUGCACUCCUCGUGUGGAUUCUCUCCCACCAAUGUGCUGACCGCCACCGUCAUGCCCUUGCUGCUGAGCUGGCUGCCGAGGGAGAGCAGAUCCGUCUCGAGUACAGCUUCCUCCGCCGGGUUGCCGGCCUCCCCACCCGAUUCCGCCUUGCGGACAUCGAGGUCGCCACUAACAGCUUCCAAACGAUACUCGGUUGUGGCUCCUCGGGAGCGGUCUUCAAAGGCGUCCUCCAUGACGGUACCGAGGUAGCGGUAAAGCGCAUUGAUGUCUCUGAGCACGGGGCCUCGGAAUUCAAAGCCGAGGUAGCAGCCAUCGCAAGCGUACAACACGUGAAUCUAGUCCGCCUCCUAGGGUUUUGCGCCGAAGGGUCCUACCGCCACCUAGUGUAUGAGUAUGUACAUAAUGGUUCUCUUGAUGCUUGGAUUUUCCCUGAGAAGGAAAGGCAUGCUACCUCUAAGAGGCACGAGCCUUUGCCAUGGCACAUGCGGUUUAGGGUGGCCAUUGAUGUGGCCCGCGCACUCUCGUAUCUACACCAUGACUGUCGGUCUCGCAUCUUGCACCUUGAUGUCAAGCCUGAGAAUAUCCUCCUCGACGACUGCUAUAGGGCCCUGGUGUCAGACUUUGGUUUGUCGAGGCUCAUGGGGCGCGAUGAGAGCCGUGUGGUCACUACGGUGCGAGGAACGAGGGGUUACCUUGCACCAGAGUGGCUCCUUGAGCACGGAAUCACCGAAAAGUCUGACAUCUACAGUUACGGGAUGGUAUUGCUUGAGCUUGUCGGCGGUCGGAGGAACGUAAGGGUCUCUGGAGGAGGAAGGGGCCCGAUGAGGAAGUGGUCGUACUUCCCAAAGGUGGUGAUGGAGAAGGUGAAAGAGGAGCGGGUGAUGGACAUAUUGGACCCCAGGCUUGCGUGCCUAGGUGUGGAGGAGCGUGAGGUCCGGCUAGUGGUGUUUGUAGCCCUAUGGUGCAUACAAGAGAAGCCUAGGCUCAGGCCUAGCAUGGCACGAGUGGUCGACAUGCUCGAGGGCCGGGUCCAUGUGGACACCCCACCUGAGACAAAGAUGGCCAUUGUGGACCUGUUGUCCAUUGACGAGAUUACAACGCCGGACCGGCGUCCAAUGAGCGGAGCCAUGGCAUCAGAUGCAGAGUCUAUCGUCAGUUGCUCUAUGACCAUGUCUGUGGCGUCUCCUAGGUAGGGCAAAGGGGAAGUCACAGCCCAUUUGUUCAUUUUUUCAGGGCAACUUGUUGCAUCAGGGGCAAGUAUUGAAAGCAUGACCUCCCUCUUACAAACUGUCACAUUAGUAGACCAACUUCCCAAUUAAAUUUGGGGAGAUGACCCCUUCGCAGGCAUACCUCACCUUUUGGGUGGGAAUAGAAUUUCAAUUGUAAUAUUCUUUUGUUCCUGAGCCUCAUUAAUUUUGGAGAGGAAUUCAGCAUGGUUUUAGAAAAAAGUUUAAGAACCAUCUUAAGGGAUUG